AUGAGGUGGCUGCUCUUCCUCCUGCUCUGUGAGCUUCACCAGAUCUGGGGGAAUUCCGAAGCCUCUCAAGGGACUGUGCCCUUACGCUAUCUCCAGAUAUCGUCCUUCGCCAACAGCAGUGGGACCUGCACAGAUGCAUCCAUGUGGCUGGGAGAACUGCUGACCCACACUUGGAGGAAUGACUCGGACUCUAUCCGCUUCCUGAAGCCUUGGUCCCAGGGCACAUUCACACAGGAGCAGUGGCAGAAGAACCAACAUCUAUUUCUAGUUUAUCGGAGCAGCUUCACCAGGGACAUCCAGGAAUUCGUCAAAAUGCUGCAAAUAGACUAUCCCUUUGAUAUACAGAUGUAUGCUGGAUGUAAUGUGAAGCCCAACAGUCCUCCAGAAAGCUUCUUCCAUGUAGCACUUCAAGGAAGAGAUGUCGUGAAUUUCCAAGGGACCCGUUGGGUGCCAACCCCAGAUGCCCCACAAUGGGUGGACAAGGUCUGUGAAGUGAUCAACCAAGACCGGGGGACCAGUGAGACAGUGCAGUGGCUCCUCAAUGACAUCUGUCCAGAGCUUACCAGAAGCAUGGUGGAGAUGGGAAAAUCAGAGCUGGAGAAGCAAGUGAAACCUGUGGCUUGGCUAUCUUGUGGCCCCACCCCUGGUCCUGGUCGAUUGCUGCUGGUGUGCCAUGUCUCAGGAUUCUAUCCUAAGCCUGUGCAGGUGAUGUGGAUGCGUGGUGAGCAGAAGCAGCCCGGCACUCAACAAGGGGAUAUCCUGCCCAAUGCAGAUGGGACAUGGUCUGUCCGAGUAUCCCUGGAUGUCGUGUCUGGGGAAGCAGCAGGCCUGGCAUGCCAAGUUAAACACAGCAGUCUUGGAGACCAAGACAUCAUUCUCUACUGGGAGGUGAAGCAUGUCUCUGUGGGUUUGAUCCUGCUGGUAAUACUGUUGCUGCUCCUGAUUGGUGGCGGCUUAGCCAUCAGGUUUAAGAAGACCCGUCUUCUGGCCGGGAACCUCAUCUUGGAAGUUGCAAAUAGCUUUGGGCCUCACCUCAGACCAACAGUCAAUGAGGAAAUCUUGGGUAUGGAGCCCAAGAUUGACCUUGGGUUACUCAGAGAAAACUUCCUGGAGAGAAGGGAAUUUGAAAUAACAAUCAGAAAGGCAGCAAGGCACCCAGACCCAGAAGACUUCCUGACCUUCCCAGUGAGCCAUCUCCUCUACAGAAUCUCACACAACCUGAAGGCAUCUGAAGUCUCUGUAAAUCCUGGAGAUUCAGAAACCAGUGGCAGGUGGUUUCUAGUUAGUCUGGUGACUGCAGAGCCAGUUCUGUGGCCUUUUGAAAUCAACACAUUUCUCUAA